AUGAAAUCCUCUUUCCUUGUCUCUCUUUUACCUCUCGUACAGGGUGCCCUGGGCUCUGCAGAAGUUUCAGGUGGCUCACCAGCUACGAUCGACGACCUUCCAUAUCUGGUCAGCAUUUCGAAAUCAGGCGUCUACACCUGUGCUGGUGUUAUCAUCAGCGGGGACCGUGUUGCUACUUCUGCACAGUGCGUAUAUGGUCUAGAGGCAUCGCCCUCGAGCUUUUCCGUGAGGGUAGGCUCAAGCAACACAUCUUCUGGAGGAUCUGCAAUUGUGGUAUCAAAAAUUGCUCGGAAUGCUCGGUUCGACCCUGCCACCAAUGACUUCGACAUUGCCGUGCUCAAACUAUCUUCCUUUGUCACACCCGGCCCGACUGUCAAGGUGAUUGACUUUGUUCAACCUGGUCAGGACCCAGCGGAUGGGACUGAGUGCGUGGCUUCUGGCUGGGGUGAUUCGGGAAAACAAUUACAAUCGGUUACCCUCCCUAUCGUGAACCGAGACACUUGCAAUCAGACUUCUGACGGCCAAAUCACCGACCGUAUGAUCUGUGCUGGCUCGGAAGCUGGUAAAGGUACCUGUUCAGGAGACCGUGGUGGCUCGGUCACUUGCGGUGGUAAACUUGCUGGAAUCAUCUCGCAGACUCACGGAUGCGAAUCACUUAGUCUUCCAGAUGUUUUCACCGAUAUCGCCAACUCUUAUAUUCAAUCAUGGACAAAGAAUCAAUAA